AUGCAAUUUCUCCAGAACUCUCGUAGAAUCGCUAGGGUCUUAAAACCCAUCACUAUUAUCCCCGAGGCUGAUCUGAGAUUCGUCUCCUCCGCUUCGCAAAUCUCUGGUUCCUUCCAAGUGCGGAAUCAUUCGUCUUCAACUUCCUCUGUAUCACAAGGGAUUGAUAAAUGCAAUCACUUUCACAGCAACUCUCUGAGCUUCUUGAUCCAAAGAUCACAUUUUUCCUCUGAAGCGGCAAAGCUUGCAGGAAAUCCUACAGUAACUGUCAAGGAAUUGUAUGAUAAAAUCAUUGAUUCCGCAAAUGUCAAGAGAUCAAUGCCUCCAAAUGCUUGGUUGUGGUCGUUGAUUGAGAACUGUCAGAAUCAGGAUGACAUUCAUCUUCUCUUUGACGUUCUUCAGAAUCUCCGGAGAUUUAGAUUGUCCAAUCUUCGUAUUCAUGACAACUUCAAUAGCAACCUAUGCCAACAAGUUGCUAAGACUUGUGUGCGUGUUGGGGCAAUUGACUCUGGAAAGAAGGCUUUGUGGAAACAUAAUCUUCACGGUUUGACACCCAGCGUUGCAUCUGCACACCAUCUAUUGUCAUAUGCACUAGAGCACAAGAAGUCUGAUAUCAUGGUAGAAGUAAUGAAACUCCUGAAGUCAAAUGACCUGCCUCUACAACCCGGCACAGCAGAUUUAGUUUUCAGGAUCUGUCAUGAUACAGAUAAGUGGGAUCUACUAGCCAAGUACUCUAAGAAAUUCACGAGAGCUGGAGUUAAGUUGAGGAAGACCACAUUCGAUGUAUGGAUGGAAUUUGCUGCCAAGAGAGGGGAUACCGAAUCAUUGUGGAAAGUAGAGAAACUGAGAUCAGAGACAUACAAUCAACACACUCUCUCUACUGCAUUCUCUUGUGCAAAGGGUUUCCUACUAGAAAGUAAACCUGAAGAAGCUGCUGCCGUCGUCCAAGUUAUCUGCCAGACAUACCGUGACGAUAAAAAGUCAGUAGUGUCUACGGAAUUUAAGAAACUGGUAAAUGAGUGGCCUGUGGAUGUUAUCAGGCGCCAAACCGAAGAAGAAGAUAAGAAGGCUCUAGCUGCUUCGUUGAAGUCUAGCAUUCCUUCCAUGGUUAAUGCGUUGCUAAGCUCGGGUUUGACCGUGAACGUGGAUUUAGAUGAGCUAUACAAGAACGAAGCUCUUCUCAGCUAA